AUGCACCGGCGGGGGGUGGGGGCGGGGGCGAUCGCCCGGAGGAAACUGACGGAGGCCAAGUACAAGGAGCGUGGCACGGUCCUGGCUGAGGAUCAGCUGGCGCAGAUGUCGAAGCAGCUGGAGACGUUCCGGACCCACCUGCAGGCCUUUGCCAGCAAGCACAAGCAGGAGAUCCGGCGCAGCCCCGAGUUCCGGCUGCAGUUCCAGCACAUGUGCGCCGCCAUCGGCGUCGACCCGCUGGCCUCUGGGAAGGGCUUCUGGGCCGAGGUGCUCGGGGUCGGAGACUUCUACUACGAGCUGGGGGUGCAGAUCAUCGAGGUGUGCCUGGCACUGCGGCACCGCAACGGAGGGCUGAUCCCGCUGGAGGAGCUGCAGCUGCAGGUGCUCAAGGGCCGCGGCAAAUUCGCGCAGGACGUCAGCGCGGACGACCUGCUGCGCGCCAUCCGGAAGCUGAAGGUGCUGGGCAGCGGCUUCGGGAUCAUCCCCGUGGGGGGGACGGUGCUGGUGCAGUCGGUGCCGGCCGAGCUGAGCAUGGACCACACGGUGGUGCUGCAGCUGGCCGAGAAAAAGGGAUUUGUGACAGUCAGCGAGAUCCGGGACAGCCUCAAGUGGGAGACGGAGAGGGCGAAGCAGGUGCUGGAUCACCUGCUGAAGGAGGGCAUGGCCUGGCUGGACGCGCAGGCUCCGGCCGAGCCGCAGUUCUGGCUCCCCGCGCUCUUCUCGGAGCUGCACGGGCAGGACGGCGCGGCCGGGACCUGAGACCCUCGGAAUCCCGGCUGGAAUAACCCUGGGACACCCGGGAAUGACCCUGGGACCCUCGGAAUCUCGGCUGGAAUAACCCCAGGAUCCGUGGGAAUCCCUCCUGGAACCCUCAGGAAUCCUGGCUGGAAUCCCUUCUGGAAUCCCACCCAGGAUCUUCAGGGAUCUCCCCUUUAAUCCCUCCUGGGAAUCUGGGAAUUCCUCCUCGAGUCCUUCGGAAUCCCGGCUGGAAUUCCCACCC